UGGUUCUGCCCCCAGUUUGAUGCAUGUGAAUAUGUUAGCGAGAGACAAGCAUCUUGGUUCCGCUCCUAUAUAAAACGACAGCACUCUCUCUUCCUUCUUUCGUUUCCCUUUGUUUUCUCUUCUCUCUCUGUCUUUGUCUCUGUCUCCUUGCCUUAUUAUACAUGAACACAUUGGUUUCUCGCAUUAAUUCUUUCAUUCCAAACAGAAAAUAAAGUGUAUAUUCCGAGGCUGUUGGAGAGAAAGGGGGGUUUUUCUUUUUCUUUUUGUUGUUGGUCUUGAAGUUUGAUCACAAGAAGAGAAACCCAACAGCGAUGGCUACGAAAGGAUUGGUGCUCUAUCUUCUGUCAGCUUUCUCUCUGGCUAUUCUAUCUGUUUCUUUCAUUGACCACCAAAAUGAUUAUAGCCCUCCUCACCAAAACUUCCUACAACAAUCCCCAAAUUCCACUCUUUGGCAUUUAUCAGGCACCGAUAAAGUUUGGCCUGAAUUGAAGUUUAAUUGGAGGCUUGUGUUAGCUACAAUUAUUGGGUUUCUGGGGUCGGCUUGUGGAACGGUGGGUGGGGUUGGAGGAGGUGGCAUAUUUGUUCCUAUGCUUACUCUCAUAGUCGGUUUUGACACAAAGUCGGCCGCUGCUAUCUCCAAAUGUAUGAUAAUGGGGGCAUCAGUCUCAUCUGUGUGGUACAAUCUGAGAGUUCCUCAUCCAACAAAACAAGUACCUAUUUUGGAUUACGAUCUUGCCCUUCUGUUCCAGCCCAUGCUUAUGCUUGGCAUUACUGUUGGUGUGGCUCUUAGCGUUGUGUUCCCUUACUGGCUUAUCACUGUCCUCAUCAUUAUCCUCUUCUUGGGAACUUCUUCAAGGUCCUUCUAUAAGGCAACCGAGAUGUGGAAGCAGGAGUCAAUAUUAAAGACAGAAAUGGCCAAGCAGCGAGAAACUACAGUCAACUCUUGUGGUGAACUUCUAAUCGAUACGGAGUAUGAACCAUUAGUUCCUAAAGAAGAGAAAACUACAAUGCAAAUACUAUGUAGCAACCUCAGAUGGAAAAUGGUAUUGGUGCUACUUGCUGUUUGGACUUCUUUCCUACUUCUUCAAGUCCUGAAGAAUAAUAUCAAGGUCUGUGGUGUAUGGUAUUGGGUCAUCUUCUGCCUACAGUUCCCAAUUGCAUUUGGAGUGUUUGGAUAUGAAUCGGUCAAGUUGUACAAAGAACAUAAGAAGAGAAUGAGCGUAGGCAAUACAGAAUCUAUAUGCGAGGCUUCGAUUGAAUGGACAGCAAUGCACCUUGCAUUUUGUGCGCUCUGUGGCAUUUUAGGAGGCACAGUUGGAGGCUUAUUGGGUUCUGGUGGUGGAUUCAUUCUAGGUCCUCUUCUAUUAGAGAUUGGUGUAAUCCCACAGGUUGCUAGUGCCACAGCAACAUUUGUGAUGGCAUUUUCAUCGUCCUUAUCAGUUGUGGAGUUCUACCUUCUCAAGCGGUUCCCUAUUCCCUUUGCAUUAUACCUCACAUUGAUAUCUGUUUUGGCUGGGUUCUGGGGACAGUAUCUUGUAAGAAAACUGAUAGCGAUUUUUAGGAGAGCAUCAAUCAUUGUAUUCAUUCUCUCUGGUGUCAUCUUUGCCAGUGCUCUCACAAUGGGUGUCAUCGGAAUAGAGAAGAGCAUCCAGAUGAUAAACAACCAUGAAUUUAUGGGAUUCUUAGGUUUUUGUAGCAGUCAAUGACUUUCUAGUAACAUUGCGGAGUGAAAGAAAAUGAAAAGUGGGAAGAAAUUCUAAGAAAAUGCAAGACAAAAGGUUGAUAGGAAGUUAUUGUAAGAAAAACGUUUGUAAAGCGUUGGCCAAUACCUUGUUGACCAACUCUGAAAAUAAAGAUUGGUGUGUGAAGCAAUAAGAAAUGGUGUGGUUCACUGGUGUGCUGAUUGUAAAAAGGUUGAAUUUAGCUACUGGCUAACUUCACCUUCAAACUCCUUUGUCUAAAUUUUAUACAAAUUAAAAUAUUCCCAUCAUUUCCUAUGAUGGUUACGUUUCA